AUGAGCUUUCUACUGCAGACAAUUCUGUUCACUACCAGUGACGCAAUCCUGGAACUGAUCGCCCAAAAUGAUAAAUGCAUGCGGCCUGAUGAGAUGAUGCGCAGCGCGUUGGAUCUUCCCCAUUUAGUCGAUAGCUUAACUACAGAGGGUCCAGAAACGAGUCCUUUGACGUUGCCGGAUUCGCGAGGAAGAAGCGGCGAAAGCGCAUUUAUGUUAGGCGGAGUUCGACCAUUCACAGGUGACCGGAAACAGCGAGUCCGUAGUGCAACUCGAAGCAGCGAUCGGAAACCAAGUAGCGCUAGAGCAGCUGAUGAAAUGGCCUCCAAGCUAUCUGUUGUUGCAACGAGUACUGAUGACCAUAGUGUGGACAAAGGUGAAACAAAAAGAGAAAGUGAAGAAAAGAAAGAGGAAGAAAACAUGGAUAUACCGCUGCUCAAAGGUUUU